AUGAAAACCAUAAGCAUUGUAUAUGAUGAUGGCGAGACUUUUACAGAGCCUAUGAUAUCUUCAGCUGAUAAAGCAUUAUAUAAACACUUACAAAGAUCACUAGAUAAGCUUACCAAAUUAAACAAAGCUUUUGAUCAAUUCACUAAUGCUGAAAAAAUAGAUUUAGAACAACCAAUGAGUAUUUCAACCAAGACAGAAGAGAUAGUUUUUGAUGAAUCAGACAAAUAUAAAGAGGUGUCAGAACCAAAAGAAUUUGAUUUAACAAAAAAAGAAAUAGACGAUGUUCAAAUGAAUCCAGUAGGGAAUAAAAAAUUUGUAAUAAAGUUUAUGAGUCCCCAACUAAUAACAAAGAAAUCAAUGAUUAGUCAAGUAAGACCAAUUGAUAUGGAUUUAUUAAAGGUAAAGAUACCUGAAUCACUUAAAACAAUAGUUUCUCUAAAUCCAUCAAUUAUGAGUAUUGGUGAUCUUACGACUAUUUGUCUUGUAAAUUGUAAAGAACAGGUGGGAUCAAGAAUAAUUCAAGAAAAGAUUGAAUCAUGGAAUGAAAAGGAAAUAGACAUUUUUAUAGAACAAAUCGAACAAUUCAUCAAAGAAUUAUCAACUAACUUAUUUGGAAAUUACGUCAUUCAAAAACUGAUUGAACAUUCAAAUAAAAGACAGUUGAGUAUUUUUAGAAAUUCGUUUGUAGGUUACAUGGUUCCUAUUUCAAAUAACAUUUAUGGUUGUAGAGUGAUACAAAAGCUUAUUGAAGUUGAUGAAGAUAUUGAUGUAUUAGUUGGAGAACUAUUUGAUGGAAUGGAAUUGGUUUAUGAAAAUAAUCACGGUUCACAUGUUUUCCAAAGACUAGCUGAGAUAAAAAAAUAUCAAAGUAGACUAGUUAGUAUUAUUAAACCUAAAACAAUUGAAUUAGCUAUUAAUAAGUUUGGAUGUAGAAUUAUACAAACACUUUGUUUGAACACUAAAAACUCAGAUCAAUUAGCUUUUAUAAUUUUAAGUAAAAUAGAUGCACUUAUUAUUGAUCAAUUUGGAAAUUAUAUUAUACAAAUGUUAGUACAACAAGAUCAAUAUAAAAAUUAUAUCACUAACUACAUUAAAGAGAAUAUUGUAUUUCUUAGUAAAAACAAGUAUUCAUCAAAUGUUGUUGAGAAAUUGAUUAGAUUUAUAGAACCUAAUGAUUUAGAAAAAUUCUUUAAUAAGUGUUUAGUUUUAAAUCAAAAUAACAUUCCUUAUUUCAUUGAUAUGAUUUGUGAUAGUUAUGGUAAUUAUGUAGCACAAAGUCUUUAUGUUUAUGGUAACAAGGAUAUUAAAUAUCAAAUAGAAUCACUAAUUAACAAAUAUAAAGAUAUUCUUAAAAAAUCUCCUUACGUUAAACAUAUCUUAUAUAAAAUGAAUAAAUGA